GUGUCUGCGCCGCUGCGACUGAAGAAGAAGAAGAAGAAGAAGAAGAACGCACGUCUCCAUUUUCGUCAGUUUGUUCAAGCCAGCGAACAUCAGUGACAAAUUUUCGCAGUAUCAACAUUGAGCUUGAGGAGCAACCGAGAUAGAAUACUGACAUAAGCAUGUGGGAUGGGCCAGGGCAAGGACCACGGGGAGGACCACCCUUUCGUGGUGAUCACCGUGGAGAAAUGUUUGGGGGCAGAGAUCGUCCCAUGCCUGACUAUAGAGGUAGAGAUGGGAUGAACAUGGGCCAUAUGGGCCCAAGACCUCUUGAUCUACUGCCUAUGGAAAUGAGGAGGAUGGAUGGGCCACCCAUGAGGGGGCGUGAUAUGGACCCACAUGAAAUGCGAGGAAGGGAGCCAAACAGAGAUUUCUUCAGAUCUGGAGAUGAGCCCGAUUUCAGUCUUCGAAGGCACUAUGAAAAUUCCAUUAGAGACAAACUUAUGAAUUCUUCAGGUUUCCCUGGGCCUGGCAGGAACCCUGCCGACAUGGGAGGGAGGGGUAUGCCGCCACGAGAACCAAACAGGUUUAUGGAUAUGAGAGAGAGAGAGCCAUUCCAUUAUGACAUACCACGGUUCAACAGUCCCAAUAUUGAUGGAAGAAGAGGGUUCCCUGUGGAUCUAAUGGAGCGAAAUGAUGGAUUCAGGGACAGACCACCAGUGGGAACUGGAGACACGGGUCGCUAUGAUAUGGACUUGCCUCCACGUGAAAGGAGAAUGAUGGACACUGACAGGAGAGGAGGGCCACCUUUUAAUCCAAGGGGUGGCUUUGAUUCUGAUAUGGAUUUCAGAAAUCGUCCUGGGCCAUCAACUGAUUUUAGAGGUAGAGAUCGAUCCCCUUUAAGAUUUGGAAAUAAUGAUGUUCCUGCACUUGACAGAGGAAGACCAGAUAUGCCUCCAGAUGUCGGUCCUCAGAGGUCAGACUUUAUGGGUGCAGUAGACAGUGUUAAAAAGAGAGAAUAUCUUGAACAAAGUAACAGUCCCCUUAUGGAUUAUCGAAGUGGUGAAGAAAUGACACUUGCAGAAGAAUGGAAGAACCGUCGAAAGGAUAAAAACUCUUUCUUCAGCGUGGGUAAAGGUAUGGGUGGUGUACCUGAACCUAGUGUACCUGUAGGUUUUGGCAGAGAUGUGAAUAUCAGGGAUGCACCAGGAUUUAAUGAGAGGGAUAGGCCAUCUGUUGACUUUCCAGGGAAGGAAGUUGGCUUUCCUCGCGGUGACCACUUUCCUGCUAUGGGCCUUCCACCAAUUGGCAGCAAAGGUCCACAAGAUCAUCCACUCACAGAAAUAAGUCCCCUUACUGGCCCUCUGGGGCGAGAAAAUGAGGGUAAACACUGGCUUGGAGAAAGGGACCCGAAGCAUAUUCACAAUAAAUCAAAUUGUGAUGAGAGGCCACCUUUCGAGAAGAAUCAGCCUUUACACAAGGUUCAGGAGCCAGCUGAUCGCUUUAAAGGGAUGAAGGAUAUCCCACCAAAUGAAGGACAUGCAAGGGGUAAGCUGGGGGUCGAGCAUGACUUCCAAGGCAGCAGCACUACACAGGCAAGAGAUCAGGACUAUAGGGACAUUGAUUACAGAACAGGGUCUGGAGGGGUUUUUGAAUACAAACACGAAGAACUACAGGCACCAGAAAAACUCCUCAAAGAGUCUGACCCGAUCUCACCUUCAAAAUUUAAUGAUUCUGGUUCCAAGGAUCAAGAUUACAGGAGUGCCUCAAUGGAAGACAGCGUUUCUAAUACUGUAUCUGUAACUGGUAUUCCAAAGACUGCCACAAUGGAGCAGAUUCUUGGUGCUUUUGCAGUUCGUGAUGGUGUGCCAAUGCAGGGGAUGAAAAUCAAGAAUGUUGUGCCAGGUUACAGCUACGAUACGGCCUAUGUGGAGUUUUUAAACCUCGAGGAUGCAGUCCACUUCAUGGAGUCCAACAAGGGGUCCGUAAAGGUUGGCACUAGAACUGCUUCCAUGAAGUAUAUCCAGCCAGAGGAGUAUGAAAGAGGUGUUCAUAAAUCAGAUCACAAUGUACCUCAAAUCCAAGAGCCCCAAUUGCCCAGAUUAGAUGAACCUUUGGAAGAUUUGAAGACUAACCUCAGUGGGUCCAAACCAAAAGGUCCGAUUGAGCCCUUGUCCCACAGCCAGUGGCAGCGUAGCUCUGACCUCACUCCAGAGGCCUGGCAGCAGCAGGUGGACCAGCGGCUUGAACAGCAUGAUACAGACCAACAGGCAGAGUCUUGGAGCAACCACAUCCCCCCUCAUAACACUUCACACCAAUCUGACUCUGUCUUCAAAGACAGCAAGACCAUGAUAAUAAAAAAUGUGAAGCCCACGACGACAGUUGAGACUAUCCUGAAAGCCUUGGAUCCCUUUGCAUAUUUGGAUGAGAGAAAUGUUCGUCUAGUUAAAGGCAAACCACCUGGAUCAAAGUGCUUCUGCUUUGUUGACAUGGACUCCCACGAGCAAGUGACACGUCUGGUUGAGCUCCUCACUAAACCCAGGCCCCUUUAUAUCGAUGGAGUCAGGGUAUAUGCUGAGGUUGCAAAACCCCUGAAGAACCAAAAUUUCAGAAAAGAUGUUGAGAAACCAAACACUUCUAUCCUUGGGUUUCCACCCGAGGCUGGCAUAAUUGGGCAACAGCAGCAGCAACAGUAUCCACAACCUCCACAGUUCUUGCAACCUCUGCAGCCACCUACUGGUUCUCUCACUGGAGUGCAAGGUCAUGUGAUGUCUAAUCCUGCUCUGACGUUAGACCCCACCAGUAGCCAGGGAAUCGGCUACGCUGCACCUCCAGCUGUGGAUCCAUCAUACCAGGCUGCUGGAGCUCAUGUGACCACAGAGUCGGCUGGGAUGACAGCGACCACAGACGGAUCACAGACGUACAUUUAUGGCACUGAGAUUCCAGACAUCUCUAACUACUUGUAUGAUGCCACGUCAGGCUUCUAUUACGAUCCAGAGACGACGCUUUACUAUGAUCCAAACUCCAGGUAUUUCUAUAAUGCCCAAACCCAAGAGUAUUUGUACUGGGAUGCUGUGUCAAAGACCUACAUCCCAGUUCCAGGAAGUAACUCUGCAGAUACCCAGCCUGUGACCAUGACGGCUGAGGACCAGGCCAUUCUUUCAAACCCAGCAGCAGAUGCUCCUCUAGAAAUGAAGAAGCCGUCAGUGCCACCCCAAGCUUCAACAGCUCCAGUACCAGCUCCGGUUUCAGCCUCCAGCUCCACUCCGGAGUCCGUCUCAGCUUCUACUGCUGCUUCAGACAAGAAGGAAGAAGACGACUCUGCUAAAAAGGAUAAAGAGAAGGAUAAGGAGGAAAAACCGAGAAGUCUGGCAGCCGUCAAGAUAAUGAAAGAUAUGGAGCGCUGGGCAAAGAUCCAGAAUCGUCAAAAGGAAACCGUCCGUGCUCCGUCUCCUGUGCUGAAGACUGGAAUGGAUGAUGAUAAGAGGCAGUCUAAAUCAGCUGAUGCUGGUUUUGCUGUAUUUGAGAGGAAGAUCGCAGGUGGAGAUGAUCUUUUUAAGAAGCCCCUUGCUCCUGCUAAGAAAGAUGACAAGUCAAAACGUCCAAUGGGCUCCCUUGGUAUGCUGGCAUCAGACUAUGGAGCUGGAAGCGACGAAGAGGUGGAGGAAGAAAAGGAGGAGGAGACGGUUAAAACCACUCAGAGCAGCCAGUCUAAAGACAAGGAUGACAAACUGACUGACUGGAAGAAGAUGGCAUGUCUUUUGUGUAGAAGACAGUUCCCCAACAAGGAUGCUUUGAUCCGCCACCAACAACUUUCUGAUCUUCACAAACAAAAUAUGGAGAUCCACCUCAAAAUCAAGAGGUCAAAGAAGGAACUGGAGGCACUGGAGAACCAGGAAAGAGAACUGAGUGCCAGAGAAGCUCCCAAAUCACCAGAGCAGAAAAGAAGAAAACACCAUCACUCACAGCCACAGCAUCAGAAUACUUGGGCUGGAAGCUCCAGGGAAAUGACCAAAGUUAGCGAGAGGCCUGGUUUGGGGGCUGAACCUGUCGUGCCAAGGAAGAAGAAAGAGCCUGUUGUUUGGGACCAUGCCACCUACAAACAAGCAGUACGCAAGGCUAUGUUUGCACGGUUCAAGGAACUUGAGUGAUCUCAUCUGAACACAUCUUCUCUUUGAUAUGUGAAAUGUUAAUAACAUGUUUGCCACAUGGCAUGAGGAAUCAUUUCAAAUGUCUCUGGACAUUAUUACACUGUAGAUCCACAUUUUUGUAUAGUGAACAUUGGCAAAUGAUGAUAUCUGAAAAGGUCUACAGUGGAGCUAAAGCGAGUCAAAAAAAUUGAUAUCUUUAAUGAUGGAUUUUGUAUAUGAAGUGUUAAUACUGUUAAUUUCAAUACUUUUUGCGCUCUUUUUGUGGCCUGUAUGUAUAUGUGUGAAUGUGUCCAGAUUCUUUUAUUUCCCCUUUUUAAGAAAUCUGUCACAUUGGCCACAGUUAGAUUUUUGUUUUAAAACAUUUUUUACACUCUAAUUUGAUUGGUUAAAAUCGUUGUUAUAUAUGUGCAUAUUUUAAGUAAAAAAAGGAAAAAAACAAACUAA